AAAAUUUAAAAAUUGUAUAAAACAGGUAGUGAAUCGUCGCUAAGCUAUAAUUGUUUGUGUACUAUUUUAAUGCUACACUAUAAAGUAUAAUGAAAGUCAUGGCAACUUUCUGGCUAAUUUUCUUUUUAGGAUUGGUGAGAGGAUCUUACCAAGUAUGCGAGACAUGGACGUCAAUCAACGAAACUAUAUACAGCCAAACAUAUGUGACCAUCACCGACCCAACUGCUAACACAGUUCGACCACUUGGAUUUAAAACUGCCGUCUACCGGUUUGAGGGAGAACGCCCGUGCAAAACAGUCGCGCCCACGGAUGGAAACAUGCGUCACAUAGAAGUCAAGUGGGAGUUGGAGCAAGCUGGGAGGUUGUGCGUCACCAAUAACGCUAACAACCAAAAUAGAUGCGGCACCUCCCGGCAAUUUAGUCUCUGUACAGUUGUCCCGGGAUCUCAAUCAUCGAUUGAAUACAGAUUCUUCUGUGAGGGAGAUGGCUGCGAAAGUGGUGAUAAAUUAUUCUGGUACAGGUUUGUAGUCGAAUCACCUAUGGAGAAUGGAAUGUACAACGAGAACUGGUGCGAUACAAGAGACGACAGAUACCCAGGAAGCUUGGUCAGGUUGCCGACCAACUUUAUUCCCCCUACUCAAGCCACCACACCAAGGAACAAAGCCUCCAGUGUUGCCAGCAACGUUUUGGUGAUGAUGGCAACACUUUUAAUUGCGGCAGCACUACAUUGAUGCAUGUUAUGUAAACCAUCUACGAAACAUUGUGCUGAUAACUCUGCUCAGUCCCGUCUUCGGACAUUAAUUCAACCUGAAAAUGUCCACUUAUUUGAUAUAAAAAUUGUUUUCAUAUAUUUCGAAAUUGGCCUGCAUUUGAUUUCCCCAGUAACACACGGAGUAAAUAGAAAUGUUUAUCUCUUUACUUCGUGUUCUGUCCCCAAUUCUUCAUAUUUUUAGAGUUGUCUAUUUCGCAAACUGUAUUCCAAUAUUAUUAAUUACUAACACCAACUUUUAUGCACAAACAAUUAAUAACCGAAAAGUAUUUAACGAAAUAUAUGGUAGGGUGGGGAAAAAUGAGACACCGUUCAGUUCUAUAUUUUGUCCUGUUUAAUAGUAAACACACAUAAGCAAUUGUAAAAUCGUAUCUCUACGACUCCUAUAUACUAUCUGUUUACCUAGGACACUUGGGUAUGAUGUACUAAAGGUGUCCCAUCUUCCCCCACCUUUCUACAUGUCGUUUUUACAGUAUAUGUGUCUUACAACAUCUAAUAUUUGUUUAAACCAUUUAGUAUUAAACCUCCUAUUUUUCAACAGAGGUCCUAAAACUGCCUUAUCUAUGCGAAGCAUUGCAAAAACUUAAAAUCUAACAAUAAAUACACAAUGCGGU